AUGCAGACAUCAGAGACCGGGUCAGAUACAGGUUCGACUGUGACUUUACAAACAUCUGUGGUACAGCAAGUGCAGACUGUGCAACAGGUACAGCAUGUCUACCCAACCCAGGUUCAGUACGUGGAGGGAAGUGACACGGUCUACACUAAUGGAGCCAUCCGAUCAACAACUUAUCCUUACACAGAAACCCAGAUGUACAGCCAAAACACUGGGGGCAAUUAUUUUGAUACUCAAGGAAGUUCUGCACAGGUGACAACAGUGGUCUCAUCUCAUAGCAUGGUGGGCACUGGAGGGAUUCAGAUGGGUGUCACAGGAGGACAACUCAUUAGCAGCUCAGGAGGGACCUAUCUGAUUGGCAAUUCAAUGGAAAAUUCUGGUCAUUCAGUGACUCAUACAACGCGGGCCUCCCCAGCGACAAAUCCAGCAUUUGUUCUUGUUCAGUUUCAUGCCAUUGAUGAUUAUCCAAUGCUCCAGUCUAACCAGAUCCCUCUACAAGACCUCUCAUCCCUCAAGGGAGUCUACAGCACCUCCCCGUUUGGUGUCAUCAGAAAACUUGCUAAUGGUGCAUUCAACUUCUUCAUCCAGAUCAUUGAUAAAAAUAUCGAACAGAACUAA